AGUCAAAGUUUAUGAAGUUUGACUUUGAUUAAAAUCUUAUAUGCGGAUUAAAAAGAAACAGAGGGAGUACAAGCGAAACGGCGAGUUAAAUUGAGAGGGAGCUGUCAGCUACUAAUUGCUAGAGACAAUAUUAGCAAAACGUGAUGGGAGGCAGGGACAAGGACGAGGUGGAUAAAACGGGAGCAGUCGUGUUGUGUGGUAGUGAGCUCCUCCGAGUCCUGCCAACAAGGAUAGAGCUGAGGCUGAAACACUUGUCCUCGUUUAGCAGCACAUAAAUUCCCCUCUGCCCUUUGCAACUUCUUCCCCCUCCAACCAAAUAAGCAUUUCCAAUCGUCUGUGUCGCUGUGAACCUACAAAUUUGUCUGGUGAGGAUAUACUAGUAGCUUGUAUACUCUUGUUGCUAGGUUGCGUCAUUUGGAGCACAAUGGAGGCUACCAUGGAUGGUGGAUCAGUGAGAGCCACAAUGAGCAUCUUUGGCGAGAGCAUAAGUGGGAGAAAGGCAGACAAGAACAGAGCUCAAGAGAAACUGUCCUCUGAAAUGAGACAAGUAGCGAAAUCCGACAUGGACAAGCUGAACGAACGCAAGGCGUCCGUGGAUAACGAGCGAGCCGGCGCCGAGUCGGAGCUGUCGAGAGCACGAGCCAUGGCCAAGGAGCUGGAGCGGCAAAUCGACCAGACCAAGGCCAAGGCGACGUCCCAGAGGUCAGGGCUGCAACUGCAAGCAACGUGGGCACGGAAGAAUGGCGCCGAGGAGGCAUCGGACGCCCAGUACGCGGAGGUGUCGCAAGAGCUGGACCGCGUCAAGAGGGAGCUCCGCAAGCUGAAGCUGGAGGUGAAGUCCGCGGCGGAGGCCAAGGCCAAGGCCGAGAGCGACGUCGUGGCGACGGUGUGCAAGAUCCAGUCCAACCUGCAGGCCGCCGACGAGAUGAAGCGGCGCGUGGACGAGGCCAACGAGGAGCACGUCCUGGUGGAGCUCGCGCGCAUCGAGGCCGAGCGGGAGCGCCGCGAGCUGGAGGCCCAGCACGUCGCCGAGGCAGAGCGGUUCGCUAGGGAGAUCGAGGCCGCCAGGGCAAAGGUGAAGGAGGCGCGCAGGGAGGUGAGCCGCGCGAGGGAGCUGGAGGCCAAGCUGGAAGACACGAACGCCGACGUGGAGGUCCUGCAGGGCGAGAUGGAGCUGGUGCGCGCCAUGGAGAAGAACCACGUCCCGAACGAUGGGGCGGCGGAGGCCACCGCGACGGCGAGGCAGAAGAAAGAAGAGGCGGAGGACAGGGCGCUGCUGCAGGCUGCGGAGGCCGAGCUGUCCGUGGCGAAGAACGAGCUGGAGAGCAUCAAGGCGGGGGCGUUCCAGUUCAUGACCUCCAUGGACCGCACCCGGACCGAGAUCAUGGGAGUCGUCCAGGAGAUCGACCGCCUCAAGGCGCAGGAGAAGAACGCGGACGCGCAGGUGCAGCAGCUGAACGCGAAGCUCCUCAAGGCGAGGGCCCAGAUGGAGGCCGUCACGGCCGCCGACGAGAGGUCCAAGGCCAUCGUCUCCAACCUCACGGCGGCGAUGCAGCAGUUGCAUGCCGAGACCGAGGCGGCGAGCAAGGAGGAGGAGCUUACCAUGCUGGAGAAACGGUGCGUGGUGGCAGAGGCCGACAACGUGGCCGCGGAGAUGGCCACGGCCGAGGAACGGAUCAGGCAGUCGGUGAAGGAGCUGGAGGCGGCGAAGGCGUCCGAGGCGUCGGCAAUGAAGAAGCUCAAGGCCGCCGUGGAGAGCACAAUGCAGGCCAGGGCGUCCGCGGCGCCACGGCGGCAGGGGACCAUAACCGUCUCACGGUUCGAGUACGAGUACCUGAGCGGGCGCGCGGCGCUGGUCCGGGUGGUGGCCGACAAGAAGGUGGCCGCGGCGCAGGCGUGGGUGCAGGCGCUCAAGGCGAGCGAGAAGGAGGUGGCCAUGCGGGCCGAGGCGGCGGAGCGGGAGAUGCGGGAAAUGGGCCCCAGGGAGGCCCAGGCGGCGUCGGAGGCGGAGAAGACGGCUGGCGAGCAGAAGGCGCUCGAGCAGGAGCUGUACGACCUCAACGCGACGGCGGAGAGUAUCGGCCUGCAGUGCGCGUACCCGCGGCGGAGGUCGAGCAGGGUGUCGGCGACGUCGAGGAGGUCGAAGGGUCGGCGGUCAUCGGUGUCUGCGGCGAACUGGAAUCCGAAGUCGCCGUCGUUCACCAUCAAGAGGAAGAAGAAGAUGAUGCCCAGCCUCCUGAAGCUCAUCAAGGAGAAGAGAGGCGGCAGCGACAAGAGCACCAACUGAUGAAGGACUCCUGCUGCGCGUGCGGCUGCUCUGCUGCACAGACCAGAGUGCAUGCAUGGCUUUGAAUCCGUUUCUUGCGGUGUCGGCCCGUGAUAUGCUGCGCGGUCCACCGUUCUAUAUGUACUCUUUUUAUAGUUCCCAUUUUAGGUUUGUCUUGCAUCAAAAAAUUCAAAGUUUGAUCAAGUAUACAAGAAAAACAUCAACAUUCAUAAUACCAAAUCAAUAGAUUAUUUCCCUGCA